GUAGGCAGCGCACUAGGUUUUGAGACGCAGCCGCAGACACUGAAACAUCAAACAGGCCGGUCCGGUGCGGGACAUUUAUAGAAAAAAAACAAAAAAACAACACGAAAUAUCCACUGAGCAUUAAAAUCGUCCCUCUGCUGCCCGUUAACCGGGUUAGUCAGUGUUGGUGUAGUUAGUGGUGUGAUGGACUGAGGCUGGACGGGUGUCGUAGGGGGGGCGGCUGGUGACGCAGGAAAAACACCCGAAACGAGCAGACGAGACAGUGAAGGCAGCGCGCGGAGCCGCGAAUGCGCGAGAACUCCCGCGAAACACAGACGUUCGAGCCGCGGACUGCAGAGACUCGCGGCGGACAAGCGCGAGAGCAGCGGACAGUCGCGCCCGGUUGUCGGUAAUGCGAUGUUCUCUGCGGCUCGGCCUGAGCUCCAGGUGCUUCGAUCUCGCUCCCUCAACCGCCGGAAACGCCCCGCUGCCGCCCGGGCAGUAGAUUCUCGCCCGGCUCCCGCCACAUAAACGGACAAGAUUGCAAAGAUCUGCCCCACGUCGAGCAUGACGGCCACCACCCGCGGCUCGCCCGUGGGGGGCAACGAGAGCCAGAGCCAAGCGCCGGACGGCCAGAACCAAACCCUGCUGCCCCAGAACCAGACGCCCUCUCCGAACUCCUCCAAUGAGGCGUCACCCAUCAGUCCGCCAGAGGAACAGGGGCAGGCGGAGGCCCCGCCCACACAGGAAGAGGAGGAGCCUGCCUUCCCCCACACAGACCUGGCCAAGCUGGACGACAUGAUCAACCGGCCGCGCUGGGUGGUUCCGGUCCUGCCUAAAGGAGAGCUGGAGGUGCUGCUCGAAGCUGCUAUAGAUCUCAGUAAAAAAGGGCUCGACGUGAGGUGCGAGGCGUGUCAGAGGUUUUUCCGCGACGGUCUGACGAUCUCGUUCACCAAAAUCCUGACGGACGAGGCCGUGAGCGGCUGGAAGUUUGAGAUCCACAGGUGCAUCAUCAAUAACACUCACCGUCUGAUCGAGCUCUGCGUGGUCAAACUGGCUCAGGAUUGGUUUCCUCUGCUCGAGCUGCUGGCCAUGGCGACGAACCCGCACUGCAAGUUCCACAUUUACAACGGCACGCGUCCGUCUGAGAGCGUCCCUGCGGGAGCGCAGCUCGCCGACGAUGAGCUGUUCGCCCGGCCGCCCGACCCGCGCUCUCCUAAGGGUUGGCUGGUGGAUCUCAUCAAUAAGUUUGGGACGUUGAACGGGUUCCAGAUUCUGCACGAUCGCUUCAUGAGCGGCCAGGCUCUCAACGUGCAGAUCAUCGCAGCUCUCAUCAAACCUUUCGGCCAGUGCUACGAAUUCUUGACUUUGCACACGGUGAAAAAGUUUUUCUUACCCGUAAUCGAGAUGGUUCCACAGUUUCUGGAGAACCUCACAGACGAGGAGCUGAAGAAAGAGGCCAAGAACGAGGCCAAGAACGAUGCUCUGUCCAUGAUCAUAAAGUCCUUGAAGAACCUGGCGUCUAGAGUUCCGGGUCAAGAAGAAACCGUCAAGAACUUGGAAAUCUUCAGGUUAAAAAUGAUCCUUAGGUUGUUGCAGAUUUCCUCUUUUAAUGGAAAAAUGAAUGCGCUGAAUGAAGUGAACAAGGUGAUCUCAAGCGUGUCGUAUUACACCCACCGGCACGGGAACCCGGAGGAAGAGGAGUGGCUGACGGCGGAGCGUAUGGCCGAAUGGAUUCAGCAGAACAACAUUCUGUCCAUCGUGCUGAGAGACAGUCUGCACCAGCCGCAGUACGUGGAGAAGCUGGAGAAGAUCCUGCGCUUUGUCAUUAAGGAGAAAGCUCUGACCCUGCAGGACCUGGACAACAUCUGGGCGGCUCAGGCCGGUAAACAUGAAGCGAUCGUCAAGAACGUCCACGAUCUGUUGGCCAAGCUGGCGUGGGAUUUUUCCCCGGAGCAGCUCGAUCACCUGUUUGACUGCUUCAAGGCCAGUUGGACGAACGCCGGUAAAAAGCAGCGGGAGAAGCUUCUGGAGUUGAUCCGCAGGCUGGCGGAGGACGAUAAGGACGGAGUGAUGGCUCACAAAGUGCUCAACCUGCUGUGGAACUUGGCUCACAGCGACGACGUCCCCGUCGACAUCAUGGACCAGGCUUUGAGCGCCCACAUCAAGAUCCUGGACUACAGCUGCUCGCAGGACCGCGACACGCAGAAGAUGCAGUGGAUCGACCGUUUCAUCGAGGAGCUUCGGACGAACGACAAGUGGGUGAUUCCAGCUCUGAAGCAGAUCAGGGAGAUCUGCAGCUUGUUUGGAGAAGCUCCUCAGAACCUCAGUCAGACGCAGAGGAGUCCACACGUCUUCUACCGCCACGAUCUGAUCAACCAGCUUCAGCACAAUCACGCGCUCGUCACGCUGGUGGCCGAGAACCUGUCUGCGUACAUGGAGAACAUGAGGCAGUUCUCGAAAGAGCAUCCAGGGUUUGAUCCUCAGACGGUCCGAGUGGGCAGCCGCUACAGCCACGUGCAGGAAGUACAAGAGAGACUCAAUUUCCUGAGGUUUCUGCUGAAGGACGGCCAGCUGUGGCUUUGCGCUCCACAGGCCAAGCAGAUCUGGAAGUGUCUGGCGGAGAACGCCGUCUUCCUGUGCGACCGCGAGGCCUGCUUUAAGUGGUACUCCAAACUGAUGGGUGACGAGCCGGAUCUGGACCCGGACAUCAACAAGGACUUUUUUGAGAACAACGUGCUGCAGCUGGACCCCACGCUGCUCACGGAGAACGGCAUGAAGUGCUUCGAGCGCUUCUUCAAAGCCGUCAACUGCAGAGAGGGCAAGCUGGUGGCCAAACGCCGGGCGUACAUGAUGGACGACCUGGAGCUGAUCGGACUCGACUACCUCUGGAGGGUUGUGAUUCAAGGCAGCGAUGACAUCGCCACACGAGCAAUAGACCUGCUGAAAGAAAUAUACACCAACCUCGGACCAAAACUGCAAGUGAAUCAGGUAGAGAUCCACGAGGACUUCAUCCAGUCGUGUUUCGACCGCCUCAAGGCCUCGUACGACACGCUGUGUGUGCUGGACGGCGAUAAGGACAGCAUUAACUGUGCCAGACAGGAGGCCAUACGUAUGGUUCGCGUUCUCACGGUGCUCAAAGAGUACAUCAACGAGUGUGACAGCGACUACCAUGAGGAGAGGACCAUCCUGCCCAUGUCCAGGGCGUUCCGAGGGAAGCACAUCACCCUGGUGGUGAGGUUUCCCAAUCAGGGCCGUCAGGUGGACGACUUGGACAUCUGGUCCCACACCAACGACACCAUCGGCUCGGUCCGCCGCUGCAUCCUCUCUCGCAUCAAAGCCAACAGCACGCACACCAAAGUGGAGCUGUUCAUCGGCGGAGAGAUCGUGGACCCUGCUGACGACCGCCGGCUGAUUGGGCAGCUCAACCUCAAAGAUAAAACUCUCAUCACAGCGAAGCUCACGCAGGUCAGCUCCAACAUGCCCUCCAGCCCCGACAGCUCGUCCGACUCGUCCACCGGCUCACCCGGAAAUCACGGAAACCACUACAGCGACGGGCCGAACCCCGAAGUGGAGAGCUGCUUGCCGGGAGUGAUCAUGUCGCUGCAUCUGCGCUAUAUCUCCUUCCUGUGGCAGAUCGCUGAUCUGGGUUGCACCUUGAACAUGCCGUUACUGCGAGACGGAGCUCGAGUGCUCAUGAAGCUCAUGCCUCCAGACAACACUACAGUGGAGAACCUGCGAGCGAUAUGUUUGGAUCACGCCAAGCUGGGAGAGAACAGUCUGAGUCCCACUCUGGAUUCGCGUUUCUUCGGCCAGUCCCCUUCACAAGUGCUCUACCUCACGGAGGUGGUGUAUGCCCUGCUGAUGCCAGCCAGUGGAACGCUGGGAGACGACGCCAGUGACUUCCAGUACAACUUCCUGAAGAGCGGCGGUCUGCCUCUGGUUCUGGGCAUGCUCACUAGGAACAACUUCCUUCCCAACGCGGACAUGGAGACGAGGCGUGGCGCCUACCUGAACGCCCUCAAGAUCGCCAAGCUUCUGCUCACCGCCAUCGGGUUCGGGCACGUGAAGGCCGUAGCGGAGGCCUGUCAGCCUGUGGUGGAGGGAACCAACCCGGCGUCACCGAUCAACCAGGCGACGCAUGAACAGGCUCUGGUGCUACAGAACGCUCUCCAGAGCAUUCCCAAUCCCGCCUCCGAAUGCAUGCUGCGCAACGUGGCCAUCCGGCUGGCCCAGCAGAUCUCUGACGAGAACUUCUUCCAGGCUUCAAAGUACAUCCCAGACAUCUGCGUGAUCCGAGCCGUGCAGAAGAUCGUGUGGGCUUCGGGUUGUGGGAUGGUGCAUCUGGUCUUCAGCUCGAACGAGGAGAUCAGCAAGAUCUACGAGAAGACUAACGCGGGUAACGAGCCGGACGCUGAAGACGAGCAGGUGUGCUGCGAGGCGCUGGAGGUCAUGACCUUGUGUUUCGCUCUGCUCCCUACGGCCCUCGACACGCUCAGCAAAGAAAAAGCCUGGCAGACCUUCAUCAUCGACCUGCUGCUGCACUGCCAGAGCAAGGCUGUGCGUCAGAUGGCACAGGAGCAGUUCUUCCUCAUGGCCACCAGGUGCUGUAUGGGACACAGACCCCUCCUGUUCUUCAUCACCCUCCUCUUCACUGUUCUGGGAAGUACGGCUAAGGAAAGAGCAAAGCACGCCGGCGAUUACUUCACCCUCUUACGCCACUUACUCAACUACGCGUACAACAGCAACAUAAACCUGCCCAACGCCGAAGUGCUGCUCAACAACGAGAUCGACUGGCUCAAGAGAAUCCGGGAUGAGGUGAAGAGUACAGGAGAGACGGGCGUGGAGGAGACGAUUCUGGAGGGUCAUCUGGGCGUCACCAAAGAGCUGCUGGCCUUUCAGACCCCGGAGAAAAAGUUCUACAUCGGCUGCGAGAAAGGAGGCGCGAAUCUGAUAAAGGAACUGAUCGAUGAUUUCAUCUUCCCGGCGUCUAACGUGUACCUGCAGUACGUGAAGAGCGGCGAGUUCCCGGCGGAGCAGGCCAUACCGGUGUGCGGCAGCCCCGCGUCUAUAAACGCCGGCUUCGAGCUGCUGGUGGCGCUUGCCGUCGGCUGCGUGCGCAACCUCAAGCAGAUCGUCGACACGCUCACAGACAUGUACUAUCUAGGUUGCGAGGCUCUCGCGGAGUGGGAGUAUCUGCCUCCGGUGGGGCCGCGGCCGACCAAAGGCUUCGUGGGUCUGAAGAACGCAGGAGCCACGUGCUACAUGAACUCCGUGAUUCAGCAGCUUUACAUGAUCCCGCCCAUCCGAAACGGCAUCCUGGCCAUCGAAGGCACCGGCAGCGACAUCGACGACGACAUGUCCGGAGAUGAAAAGCAGGACAACGAGAGUAAUGUGGACCCCAGGGAUGAUGUGUUCAGUUAUCAUCACCAGUUUGAUGACAAGCCCUCUCUCAAUAAGGCCGAGGACCGCAAGGAGUACAACAUCGGAGUGCUGCGGCAUCUGCAGGUCAUCUUCGGCCACCUCGCCGCGUCCCGUCUGCAGUACUACGUGCCCCGAGGCUUCUGGAAACAGUUCAGGCUAUGGGGGGAACCGGUGAAUCUGAGAGAGCAGCACGACGCGCUGGAGUUCUUCAAUUCCCUGGUGGACAGUCUGGAUGAGGCGCUGAAAGCACUCGGCCAUCCCACCAUGCUCAGCAGGAUCUUGGGCGGCUCGUUUGCAGAUCAGAAGAUCUGUCAGGGUUGUCCUCACAGGUACGAGUGCGAGGAAUCCUUCACGACAUUAAACGUUGACAUCAGGAACCACCAAAACCUCCUUGACUCCUUAGAGCAGUACGUCAAAGGGGAUCUUCUUGAAGGAGCCAACGCAUACCACUGUGAGAAGUGUAACAAAAAGGUGGACACGGUGAAACGUCUCCUCAUCAAGAAUCUCCCGCCCGUGUUGGCCAUCCAGUUGAAACGCUUCGAUUACGAUUGGGAACGCGAGUGCGCGAUUAAGUUCAACGAUUACUUCGAGUUCCCUCGCGAGCUGGACAUGGAGCCCUACACGGUGGCGGGCGUGGCGAAGCUGGAGGGCGACGAGGUGCCGCCGGAGAGCCAGGUCAUCCCCGAGAACUCGCCGGCAGAGCCCGAGCCGAACGACGGCUCCCGUUACCGGCUCGUGGGUGUGCUGGUGCACUCGGGUCAGGCCAGCGGCGGACACUAUUACUCGUACGUCGUCCAGCGGCACGGCAACGGCGGCGACGGACAGAAGGACCGCUGGUACAAGUUUGACGAUGGCGACGUGACGGAGUGCAAGAUGGACGACGACGAGGAGAUGAAGAACCAGUGCUUCGGUGGAGAGUACAUGGGCGAGGUGUUCGACCACAUGAUGAAGCGCAUGUCGUACCGGCGGCAGAAGCGCUGGUGGAACGCCUACAUUCUGUUCUACGAGCGCAUGGACGCGGCGGGGGGCGACGGCGAGCUGUUGAAGUACAUUUCCGAACUGACGCUCGCCCCCCGGCCGAAUCAGCCCAAAAUGCCCUUGGCCAUCGAGGCCAGCGUUCGCAAGCAGAACGUGCAGUUCAUGCACAGCCGCAUGCAGUACAGCCUGGAGUAUUUUCAGUUCAUUAAGAAACUGCUGACCUGCAAUAGCGUCUACCUGAACCCUCCGCCAGGUCAAGAUCACCUUUUACCAGAAGCCGAAGAAAUAGCGACGAUUAGUAUACAGCUCGCUGCUAGAUUUCUGUUUAGCACCGGAUUUCACACAAAGAAGGUCGUCCGAGGCCCCGCUAGUGACUGGUACGAUGCUCUGUGCAUCUUAUUGCGUCACAGCAAGAAUGUCCGCAGCUGGUUUGCACACAACGUCCUCUUUGCCUUCCCCACGCGGUUCUCGGAGUACUUGCUGGAGUGUCCGAGCGCGGAGGUCCGCGGCGCUUUUGCCAAGCUCGUCGUGUUCAUCGCACACUUUUCCCUGCAGGACGGACCCUGCCCUGCUCCCGUCACCUCGCCCGGCUCGUCCACACAGGCCUGUGACAAUGUGACCCUGAGCGACCACCUGUUGCGGGCGGUGCUGAACUUACUGAGAAGAGAAGUGUCAGAACACGGACGCCACCUUCAGCAGUACUUCAACCUCUUCGUCAUGUACGCCAAUCUGGGUCUGGCAGAAAAGACACAGCUGCUGAAGCUGAGCGUUCCAGCCACGUUCAUGUUGGUGGCGCUGGACGAGGGUCCCGGCCCUCCCAUCAAGUAUCAGUACGCGGAGCUCGGCAAACUCUACACGGUGGUGUCGCAGCUGGUGCGUUGCUGUGACGUGUCGUCGCGCAUGCAGUCCUCCAUCAAUGGUAACCCCCCUCUGGCCAACCCGUACGGCGACCCCGGCCUCACGGCACCCAUCAUGCCCCUGCAGCAGCUGGUGGCCGAAAUCCUGUUUGUGCGCACCAGCUACGUGAAGAAGAUCAUCGAGGACUGCAGCAAUUCCGAGGAGACGGUGAAGCUGCUGCGCUUCUGCUGCUGGGAGAACCCGCAGUUCUCCUCCACGGUCCUCAGCGAGCUGCUCUGGCAGGUGGCGUAUUCCUACACCUAUGAGUUGAGGCCUUACCUGGAUCUACUGCUUCAGAUCCUCCUGAUCGAGGACUCGUGGCAGACGCACAGGAUCCACAAUGUUUUGAAGGGCAUUCCCGAUGAUCGAGACGGGCUCUUUGACACCAUCCAGCGCUCCAAGAACCAUUAUCAGAAACGGGCCUAUCAGUGCAUUAAGUGCAUGGUGGCCCUCUUCACCAACUGCUCCGUGGCCUAUCAGAUCCUGCAGAGUAACGGGGAUCUGAAGCGGAAGUGGACGUGGGCAGUAGAAUGGCUGGGCGACGAGCUGGAGAGGAGGCCGUACACGGGAAACCCUCAGUACAGCUACAACAACUGGUCGCCGCCGGUACAGAGCAACGAGACGUCCAACGGGUACUUCCUAGAACGCUCUCACAGCGCCCGCAUGACGCUGGCCAAGGCCUGUGAGCUCUGUCCUGAAGAGGAGCCAGAUGAUCAGGAAGCACCCGAUGAGCACGACUCAUCGCCCCCUGAGGACACUGCCCUCUAUCCUCAUUCUCCAGGGACGCAAUAUCAGCAGCCUAAUAACCACCCUCACGGGCAGCCCUACACCGGCCCGGCCGCCCAGCACAUGAAUAACCCGCAGCGGCCCCCUCAGAGGCCUCAAGAAAGCUGGGAGGGAACCGACGAGGUCCCUCCCGUCCAGACUAAAGAGUAGCAGUCGCCCACACCUUGCCUUGUGACCACGUCCCGCUCGUCUCCAGGACCGCCGCCGCCGCGUCGGGCGAGACCAGGCCUUACAAGCACCUGCCGCAGUCUCCGGGAACGGAGACGCUCCCCUCUCUUAACGUACUCUAUGCCACCCAACUCCUGCAGCACUGACGUCUCUCCUCUCCGCACUAGAUCUGUCCCGUCACGCGAGCGCGUGCGAUGAUGAACCUGGAGCCGAGUUUGGUGCGCAGACGUCACUGUAGCGUGAGCGUGCAGGAAUGGUGAUGGUGUAUAUAGUGUGCAAAUAUCUGAACCUUUGGAUCCCCUCCAGUUCCAUCAUCAUCAUCAUCAUAUAAAUACCACAGCAGCCGAAUGAAGGGAAACCUGAGGCAGCGGCGUCGCUCGUACGUGAGGAUGAGUUUGCUGCGUCAGCGUGGACCGAGGCGGACAAACGUUGCAUCCUCGUGACGUGAGACUCCACGGGGUUUCUGGAUCAACUCGGUGUCACUCCACUGAUUUAGAAGGCACUGAAGUCUUUGGGCACUUUCCUUCAUUCAUCAGAAAGCCUUCAGCCUGAUAGGAGUGUGAUGUGAUCUUCUGUGGGGGUUUUUAGCACCGCUGCAGCUGGCGUCACUUUGUCGUCCAUCCGCUUCGACCUCAUCAGCAGUUGGUGUGACAAAGUGGCUGCAGAUUGACACGUUUACUCCGCAGACUAAAUACUCUCUGGCACUCGAGUCCAUGUUUUAUUUGUUUUGUCAGCGGGCUGGAAAGUGUAAUAACUUGUCUCGUUUUGCCACCGUUGAAUGGAAUUUCAGUUGCCCUAGUUCUGAGUCUGCCUCUUGGCUCCGCCCACUCCCUCCGCCCCUGUCCAAUGAAAAUGCAGCCAUGGCCACACUGCUCUGUAUCCGGGGAGAUCUGCAGGGAGGUCAUCGGGACGACGCGCUCCGGGAUUCAUCAGCUGUACUGGAUUUAUGAAGUGCGGCUCUCGUAUUGUCUGAACACCAAAAUCCAAAAGGAAGCCCGCCGUAUUCUAUUUUGCUGUUUUCUCUAAUAGAGGUUAUUUUGUUGCAUUUGAGAAGCGAGAGUUUGAGCGCUUGAAUGAAACAGCGUUGUCCUCGUGUUGUUCUUUUUAAGAGGAUAUUUACUGUACAGAGUUCUGCGAGCCCUGUUUUUGAGGUCGGAUUGUGGAGCUGCUUUAGCCAUGUGAAGUUCUCACUCGAAGAAGCCUUUCUUUUCCUGCACAGACGUAUAAUGACAGAAGCAUCGCACCACUAGAAACAAUAAAUUAAACAUUUCAAUACAAGCUCGACUUUUUAUCAGCUUUCUGAUGGUUUCUCUAAGGAAGGUACAUUUUGUAAAUACCUAAUGCACGCAGAAACACUCGGACCCGAGCUACAAAGACACGCUCGUGCUCGUUUAAUCGUCGUGUCUCGAAAGAUUUCGCGGAGGGGACGCGUCGGCCGGAACGCCUCGCCGAUUUGCCGAAGGGUGUCCCGAAACGCCCGCCAAACCCGGCCGGAGGCCUGCAGAGAUCCUGACAAAGACUGAACGGCCCUAAAGGGGAUCUCGACGGAUCUCUGCUAAGAGCGAUCGGGUAGUGAGCGGGGGUGGAGGGGUUAAACCGUCUUAACUAGCACUACAGGUCAUCCUUCUCUCAGGCCAUCUGUUAAGAAUACUUCCUCCUCUGUGACAGAGAGAAUCUCACAAGCUUCAUUUUGUUUUGGUUCUUUUGCUCCAUUUUUGUAAAUGUCUGGUCAGAAUGACAUUUGCCUUCUGCUUUGUUUUUGCUUUUUCAGGUUUCAUUUAGUUUGAAUUCUAAAGCUCUUUUUGUGAAACGUGCAUGGAUAAUAUUUCUGGAUCAGCACUGUACAAACCCAGCACACUGUAAAAUGAUACUUUAAAGGUAAAAAAAUAAAUGGUAUUUGAAUUA